CGCCUGCGCCGGAAACAGAGAGAGAGUCUCUGAGAAGCGGAAGAACGCGACGGAAGAACGAAGUUGACGCGUAAAGCGCUGCGGAGCGGCAGGUCAUUAGUACAAUUAGCUCAACGCAGACGCGUCCUUCAUCGACAACCUACAGGCUUAACGAUGUGACUGGUACACAGGGCACAACUUCCUGCUUUUACGAGAGCUGCGCAAGCGCUUCGCAAAAUCAUAACGGAUGGGAAUGAAAACAGAAAAAGAGGAAGCGCAAGUGCGCCUUUUAUAGUACGUUGCUUGGCGCAUGCGCAGGAGUUUGAACAGUUUACGGCGGUGCUCGGCCGGCUUGCUUGUGGACCGUCGCGCUCCUCAAGGUCCUUCUUCAGGCAAGAUGGAGGGUGACUUUUUGCUAGCGCUCCGGCUGCAGGCGGAAUGGGAGGCGGAGGACGAAGAAGUUCAGGUGGUGACAACAACGACCACUACCACCCCUGUUGGUUCCCCGGCGCGGCCUCUGUCGGUAGUGGACGACGCCUGGGAGCUACUGGAUCCGAGUCCCGACGUGCGAGGCCUCUUCAUGCAGUUUAACGAGACCCUCUUCUGGGGGCGCUUGGCGGCCGUGGAAGUGAAGUGGAGCCCGCGCAUGACGCUGUGUGCAGGAGUUUGCUGCUAUGAAGGGCGUGGUGGAAUGUGUUCCAUCCGACUCAGUGAGCCACUUUUAAAGUUGCGGCCAAGAAAGGAUCUUGUGGAGACCAUCUUACAUGAAAUGAUUCAUGCCUUGUUGUUUGUUACCAAUAAUGACAAAGAUCAUGAUUCCCAUGGCCCAGAAUUCUGCAAACACAUGCGUCGGAUAAACCGCUUAACUGGAGCCAAUAUUACGAUAUAUCAUGAGUUUCACGAUGAAGUGGAUUCCUAUCGCCAGCACUGGUGGCGAUGCAGUGGUCCAUGUCAAAAUAGAAAGCCAUAUUUUGGCUAUGUGAAGCGUGCAAUGAAUAGAGCACCAUCUGCAAAUGACUUCUGGUGGUCUGAGCACCAACAGACCUGUGGAGGUACAUUUACCAAGAUUAAGGAGCCAGAGAACAACUCCAGGAAAGGCAAAGAAAAGAGCCAACAACCAAAAUUCCUGACUGAUGACAAAGGAAAUGGUCAAGGAGGCAAUGUGCAAAACAUAAUUCCUUUUAGUGGAAAAGGAUAUAUCCUUGGAGGAAAAAGCAGUGUGUUGCCAUCAGACAGAACCAUAAGUCCAAGCAACCAUAAGAGCAGAGAGCUGCUCAGUUCGCAGCAUCAUUCACCAGCUGGUUUGAUUAGAUCACAUCCUCAAAAUGAAAUGGAAUUUGAACAGAACGUUUCCUAUCCAAGCAUUUACUCUCCAUUUUCUUGUGAUGGUGAUAAAAACAGCUUUGCUUCCAGUGCUACACUUCCUAAGGUAUCGGUUGCUAACAAAAAAGCUUACACUAAUGUUAAUGGCUCCCCCAUUAGAAAUUUUUCUUUUAAUGGAGUAAGAUCAAAGUCAAGCCCUAUAAAUGUUGUGUGGGGUUUACAGUCAAAGAGAACAUCAGAAGAAAGCAUUUCUGAACCAGCUACGUCGACUCCAAAAUCCCAGACAACAUCUCAUAGAAAUAGCAGCACAUACAAUAGUUGUCCACCAAAACGGGCAAAAAUGGAGGAUACAGCUGCCUUUGAAAAAUACUUUAUAAAGAAAAUGGAUCCAGGGCAGGCUAGCCCUUCAUUGAAGAACAAGCCUGAACCAACAGCCUCUGAAAGUUCUGCUAUUUCUGUCAGUGAUCAAAACAGAAAAGUUUGUUGCCCUGUCUGCCACUCUGAGGUUUUGGAAGCUAAAAUAAAUGAACACCUAGAUUCCUGUCUCUGAGAUCCCUUAACACGAUUCUAAUGUUUGGAAUGCUUCUUUGCUCAGGGUUUAUCCAUCUUGAGUGUCUCAUGUAUAUUUAUUGUCUUCCAUAUUUUGGGGAGGGAGCUUUACUUAUGACAGCUUCAGUGUUUAGUAGGCUAUAAGUUUUUUUAGCUUGAAGUACUGUAUUACUUCUUUACACUAUUGUGCUAGUAAUACAACCAGAUUUGAACAGAUCUUUAUAGCCAUGAGAAAAAUAUGCUAUAGGAGUUCUAAAGAAACGCAUAUGCAUGAUUUUUAACAGGCUUCAUUUUAAAAGCAUAUUAGCAUUUUCAAAAUGUCUUUUUGGUUUCAAGGAUUAUGUUUUAAAUAGCAAUUUUCUCUCAAAAAUUGCUUCCGAGCCUGGUUUGCAAACUGUUGGGCUAGGGAACUUGAUAUCAAUUGGACAAAAAUCAGUGUGAAUUCUAGCACUACCAGCUUCGCUUACAGGAAUCAAGCUCUUAAUCUCAUUUUAUUAUAGAGAUGGUUAAAAUUAUAUUCAUAUGAGGCUUCCUCAAAGCUUUCACAUACUUCAGGAGGAGAGUUCAACCUAUUGAUUAUGGCACUGACCCUAAAUCUUUGCUGGCCUAUUUCUUUGUUAUAUAUACUGUUAAUAUGUCUGAGGAUUAGGGUAUGUGCUUUUGAAGUGGGAGGAGAACCCAGGAUAGAUAAAAUAAGACAAAUAGUAUAUAUGAAUUUGGGGAGCAAUAUUUGUCAUAGUGGUUUAUAUCCUCAGGUUGGCUAUGACAGAUAAGAUUAAUUUAUCAAAAUCUGAUCUAAAUCUUUCACUUUUACAAUGAUGUAGAAGAGCAGUUUUUAUUCUAAAAUCUCCAUUUUUUUUUGCUCAGUUCUGUUCUAAGAAUUCAAACAUUCAAAAGGAGAAAUGACCAGUUUUAGCAUCGUGAGAGAGUCGGGAUGUAUUUUUCCCUCACCUUCAUGGCAGCUUGGUUAUGCUUAUGUCUGAACCCAAGUGGUAACAUGAUUGUUAGCUGAAGAUUAGGUUGUUCCAUUUCUACUACCAAAACAGCAGAAUUUGGUCAGAUCUCCAAAACUCCUCUCGCUAAAUUCAGCAGAUAUUUCCUUCUCACUAUCCAGAUUUCCUUUUCAUUUGUUAGAUACACUUGUGCGUGUAUCACUUUCAGUUGUAGUGUCUGUGAAUGAAGCUGUCAUUUAUGUGUACCUAUCUUUUUACAAAGUGUAUAGCUUAUUUCCUUGGAGAUUGAAGUAAACUUGAUUAUCUAAUAGCCAUUGGCAAAUUUAAAAUAAAGUAAUAACUUUUCAGAAA